CCUAAACAUGUGACUGGUGGUGAAUUUAGUACACUUUAGACCUCUGGUAGAAACUACUUGGCACGGGUUUAAUGAAAGGUGAAACUUGAAAUAAGAGCCUGUUGUUGUAAAUGAAAGUGGAGUAACGUUAAGGUUAGGUCCUGUGCUGGUGAUGCUGAGUGACAGACAGGGGGGGAGAGAGAGAGAUCCUCCACCGGAGCAGGAAGCUGCUGCUGGGACUGCCGAGAAGACAGAGGAGGGACAAAACAACGUCGACACCAGCGGCCAGGCAUCGGGGCUCCACCAUAAUGUAGACCAAACGGAGCAAGAACAACCGUGAGCCACAUCAACCCAACUAUUAGCUAGAUGUCCACGGUGCAGUGGUGAAGAACAAAAGGCAGAGAGUAAUUUUUGCAUGGUGAUAAUGAAGGAGCUGAAGGGCUGCGGUAUGCGCUCCUCAGUGGGCUUUCUGUCCCGCAGAGAGCUGACUGGGCAGCCGCUCAUGAAGGAGGAAUUCCAGAGACGCAGGAUGGCCGGGUGCACCAGCCUCUACAAGAAGGAUAUGCUCGGACACUUCGGCUGUGUCAACGCCAUUGAGUUCUCCAACAACGGCGGAGAAUGGCUCGUAUCUGGAGGAGAUGACCGCCGGGUGCUCCUGUGGCACAUGGAACAAGCCAUCAGUGCUCGGUCCAAGCCUGUGAAACUGAAGGGCGAGCACCUGUCCAACAUCUUCUGCCUGGCCUUUGACAGCACCAACAAAAAGGUCUUCUCUGGUGGAAAUGACGAACAGGUGAUUCUUCACGACGUGGAGAGAAGGGAAACUCUGAAUGUGUUCCUGCAUAUCGACGCCGUGUACAGCUUGUCUGUCAGCCCGGUCAAUGACAACGUGUUUGCCAGCUCAUCUGAUGAUGGACGCGUUCUUAUCUGGGACACCCGUGAACCGCCAAGUGCAGAGCCAUUCUGCCUGGCCAGCUACCCCUCGGCCUUCCACAGUGUGAUGUUUAACCCUGUGGAGCCCAGGCUGAUCGCCACAGCCAACUCCAAGGAGGGAGUUGGAUUAUGGGACAUCCGCAAGCCGCGCAGCUCAUUGCUGCGUUAUGGAGGCAGCAUGUCCCUGCAGAGCGCCAUGAGCGUUCGCUUCAACAGCACGGGCACCCAGCUGCUGGCACUGCGCCGCCGCCUGCCGCCCGUCCUCUACGAGCUGCACUCCCGCCUGCCCAGCUUCCAGUUCGACAACCAGGGCUACUUCAACUCCUGCACCAUGAAAAGCUGCUGCUUCGCCGGGGACAAAGAUCAGUACAUCUUGUCUGGGUCCGACGACUUCAAUCUCUACAUGUGGAAAAUCCCAAAGGACCCAGAAGAAGGAGGAGCCAGUCGCGUGGUAAACGGGGCUUUCAUGGUCCUCAAGGGUCACCGCUCCAUAGUGAACCAGGUUCGCUUCAACCCUCACACCUACAUGAUCUGCUCUUCCGGCGUGGAGAAAGUCAUCAAGGUGUGGAGUCCCUACCAGCAGCCCGAGAGUCUCGGCGACCUGGAGGGCCGCGUGGAGGACAAGUCGCGCAGCCUCUACACCCACGAGGAGUACAUCAGCCUGGUGCUGAACAGCGGCAGCGGGCUGUCCCACGACUACGUCAGCCAGUCCAUCCAGGAGGACCCGCGCAUGAUGGCGUUCUUCGACUCGCUGGUGCGCCGAGAGAUCGAAGGCUGGAGCUCCGACUCCGACAGCGACCUGAGCGAGGAGGCCAUCAUGCAGCUCCACGCCCGGGGACGCCGCGCCACCCGGGCCACGCCCGCGCCUCCGGCCGCCGUCCCCGCAGCCGCUCCCCACAGCGACUCGGACAACUCGUCGUCGUCCUCCCUGGCCGGACCCGGCGCCUCCGGAGGGGAGGAGCGAGCCGCGGAGGAGCGGCCGAGGAGACGGAGCAGGCGCCAGCGGCAUCAGUCGGGCUUCCUCGUCAACGAGGACUCGGACUCCAGCGAGUUUUGGCUGGACCCCAUGCCCCGGCCGCGCUCCCCGAGCCCCAGGGACAACUCCACGCUGUCCAGCCCCCCGUCUUCUCCUUCGCUGCCCGCCGGAGCCUCCAGCUCCUCCACUUCCACGUCCAGCUCCAGCAGCGACGACGAGGAGCGGCGCAGCGCGGUGAGGCGGCGCAACGUCACGCGGCGCCGGCGCACGCACGUGGUCUCCAGAGCCGGGGACCGACCCGAGUCCGCGCAGACUCUGUUCUCGGCCGUCGACUCCUGCAGUUACCCAUCGAUAUCGAUCGAGGACCUGACGUCAUCGUCCGGCGAGGCGCAAAACUCCCUCCAAAUCAAGCCCGGCGGCGUCAAAGACGAGGACAAAUGUCUGAGCCCUUCGGACUUUGUCUGUCUGAGUCCAGUCAUGUCCUCCGAGAGCCAAGGGAGCGACAAGACGGAGCUGGAAAGACACCCGGCCGCGUCUCAGCGCUCGCCGGACGGCCGCAGGACUGAAGAGAGCGCCGCUCUGGACAACUCUGACAGCGGCGAGGCUUGCAGCGGCGAGGCGGCUUUAGACGGUAACUCCCCGAGCCGGCGGAGCCCCGGGGUGAACGGGCGACACCGGACCGUAGCGCCUCACGUGAGAGAGAACCUCCACGUCUCCUCAGAAUCCGAGGAAGAGCCCGGCGUCACACCCGAGGACACCCGGCCGCAGAGGGAGAAAGGCCCGGCACAGAGCGCUCUGAAGCGGACUCACGUGGGAUCGGAGGAGGGCGAGUCAGGCUCCUCUCCCUCAGAGAAGAAGCUAAAAACAUAACGACAACUCCGUCUCACCUCGGGAAAGAAAUCGUUUGUUAACCGACUUAAUUUAGGAAGUGGGUUUUCUAUGGAUUUCUACAACUCGGCUUUUUCAUUUUGCGUCUUGUAGUCGCGUGGCACGCCACGUGAACUCCUGCUGAUUACGAGCACAAGGCGUUAAGGAACUUUAAAAAAAGAAAAAGAAAGUGCUGUUAAUUUUUGUUGUUUACGAACAAAUGAAUUGGACAAUGUCAUCCUUUUUUUUUUGGUCAAACCAGGGAUGACAAUAAAAGAUGUAAAAUAUAAAACACGAGUUAAAUAUUGUUGAUAGCUAAUGGCGUUUUUGAAGUGAAGCGCAUUUCUUUUCCUGCGGCAUCAGUGUUUGUUUCUCAUGCUCUGGUUGGGGCUGGUUGAGGGCUCCACCCAGGAUUUGAGACCCCUCCAACCAUAGCAAAAGAAGAAUGUCUUAUGGAGGACAAAAGCUUUGCAGCAUUUUAGUUUUUUUUCUUCUUCAUUUCUACGGUUUCAUACUGAGCGUAAAUCUUAUUGGGCUUAUUUUCUUUUCUUUUUUUAAAGUGAUUCUUGGUUGAGACUGCUUCAGGGUGUCUGAAGAAUUGACUGUGUCUGUGUGAAAUCUUAAGGAGCAGCAGUUGUUUUGGCUGUGCAUUUGAAAAUGAUGCUUUCAGUGUCUCCAGCAAUUGUUUUUUUUUGUCCCAUUAUCCAGCCCCCUGGGUACCAUUACAAGCCAGCGCUCGCUUUUGUUUUCUUGCAAUUAAAGAAUAAUUUGUUCUCCAGUGAUAACACCACAGCUUCUUCCUAAGGCUUUGCUGAUUCACAACACAGUCUGAAAUAUUGACUUUGUCUGACACGCGUCUGUCUGAAAUGAGGGGGAAUUAGUUAUGUUGCUGUAUAUCUGAGUCCUUAAAACUACUUUUCGCCAACAGUUACCAUGGCAACACAGCUUCAGCUCUCCCUGUGAAAGAAACCUGUUCAGGUGGUUGUGACCUUCAGUAACCAACGCUGGCCAGAAUAGAAUAUUUGAUUGACUCGACUGAAAGCUAAUCUUUGUUUUCAUUAAGAGAAUAGUUAAAUCAGUUAUUACUAUAGCAGGCUGCCACUCUGAAUAAAACCCAUUCACUGAGAAUUAAAAUGAUGAUUCAGAUAUCACAAAAUAGUUCAUUUCCACCUCUGGAAAAAAAAAAAAAAAAAUACUUUUUGUUUGGAACAUUUAGUGCCAAAGUUCGGGGCCACUGUAAAAUAUGUAUUUAAAGCAGAUUACAAAACAAGCUCACCACAAUGUCCAUUUAGUAGAGGUUUCAUCUCCAUCUUUCUGAGCACUCUGAGGGCAUCUGUUCUAUAUUGGCUUAAAGGUUGAGAUUGAAAGUUCAUGCUUGACUUGGAAACUAGGGGUGGGAAAAAUAAUCGAGUCUUAGAUGCAUCGCGAUUCUCUCUAGAACGAUUCGAUGCUCGAUUCUGAUACGUUAAUAACCAAAAAGUUACUGUCUCCAGACAAGUAGAAAUCAGAAAACGGAGUGACUGAAAGAGGAUGGGAUAAUGGACAACAACUUAGAGUUUAGGCAAGAGUGCAGAAAAAAACACACAAAAAUGGCCACAUUUUGUAAUAAGACAUACAUAAAAUAAUUAGGCAAAGCACACAUAGGCUGUUCAUCUACUUUAUCCCAUUACAUCUGACCAUAUCAUGUUUCAUGUUCUAAGAAGCCACUGAUCCACCUUUAAACCUUAAAAAAAGCCUCUGACAUGUUACUGUUACAUUACUGGGGGAGAAGGGGACGUUCACAAGCAGGUUUAAGGCUUAAGCAUGGAAUGACUACAAAAGAAAAACCUCAGUAGACAGAAUAUUUCAUUAAAACUUGUGCGUGACAAGUUUUAAUGAAAUAUUAUAUAUGUCCAAUAUAUGUCCAAAUCUAAG